AUGGUGGAUUUGAGUGGUAAUAAUUUAACAGAGUUUCCCUGGCUAUUAUUUACUGAUUUAUCUGUUUCAAAUGAAUUUUUGCGAAAAAACUUGAGUUUGAACUUAUUCCACAUACUUCGCCUGAAAUUAUUUAAAAAGUAUUUGGCUGAGGAGACUGCGAAGAGAAGAUCACGUAAAUCCUCAGCAGUUAAGCGUUCUCAGGGAUACUCAAAUUCUCAUGCCACCAAACUGGUUAACUCAGCCGAAAAAUUAGAUUUACAGCAACUUUGGCAUUUUAUUAAUGGAAAUCUUAAUCUUAAUGUAACAUAUUUUAAUGAUAAAAUUGAUGAAAUUUUACUUAAUAAUAGCUUAACUAUUUGUAAACAAUCAAACAACUCCACCAAUAUUAAUAAUUCCCAUGCUAUAGUGGAUAACACUAAUAGUUCAGCUGAUAAUGCUACCGAUACAGAGGAUAAUAGUAAUUCAGUUGAUAGUGAUACUAAUACCGGCAAUUUGGAUGAUAGUUCUGAUAAAAAUGUAUUGAGUAAUCAGUUGGAAAAUAAUGUCGAGGAUGAGUUUUUCAAGUUUGAGGAGAUGGAAAGGUUCGUAGACGAGGACUAUAUUGAGGAUGAGGAAAUUGACUACUUUGAUUCACUGGGAGAAGAAUCUGACAAUUCAACGCCGGCAUGUGAUAUGAUGUUUUCCGAUUUCUUCGAUAAUCCAUCCUCCAAUACAAAUACAAGUGUUAAUAUGCCUAAUAGUAAUAAUAUAGAUGACCAAGAUGAAUCUGACGAAUUUUAUGAAUCGGACGAAUCUGAGUUGGAUGUUGAGGAUGACAAAGUAUAUAGAGAUGAUAUAGAUUUAACUUCUAUGUAUGAUAUUGAUCAAGAUAAUUCACAAGAUGAUACAAAUUUGCCAAAAGAAGCAGAUGGAGUAAAAAAUAGUAUAGAUGAAAUAGAGAAGGAAUUAGUAAAGGAGAAGGAUUGGUCUAUGAUGGGCGAGGCUUGGGGAUAUUCUCGUCCUAGAAACUCACUUCUUUCACUAGAUUUACAACUACCCUAUUACAACUCCACAUUACAAAAUACCACCAACACUAACACUGAUAACACUACUGAUACAGUUGAUAACACUAGUCCACUGGAUAAAGUUGAUAUGGAAAUCAUAAUAAUGGAGAGAAUAAAGAGUGGAAUAUUUGACAAUAUAGAGUAUAAACGUGAUUUUCAUGCGGAAGAGUCAAAACCUGAUCAGGUUGAGGAGUUAGAUUUUUCGAAGGAUAAAAGAGGACUUGGAGAAAUAUAUGAAGACAAGUAUAAAGAAUUGUUUUCCUCAAAUAAUAGUAAAUUGGAUACCCAGAAACAACUGUUGACAGAGAUGUUCAGUAAAUUAAUAUACAAACUAGACUCACUGUCAAAUUCCACUUUUAUACCCAAAAUACCUAAAUCUACUACUAACAGCAUCUCAACCAUAUCAGUUGAAACACCAAUCAACGUUAUAAUAUCCGAGAAUAAUGUAGUCAACUCAUCUAACACCGCUACGCCUAAAGGUAAUAAGGUUAACUUAGUGAGUACGGGUUCAAGUCGUAAUAGGAAAAAGAGGAAAUAUAAGAGUAGGAUGAAAAGGCUGGUGAAAAGUGGUAAAAUGACUGUCAAAGACGUGGAAAUGUUAAAUAAAAAGAUGAGGGAAGCAAACAAACAAAGAAGAGAAGACCUGAAAAACAAGAAAUUAACUGGCUUAACUGGUAAAGAUUUGAAAUCAAAAACCAGAAUUAAUACUACACAAUUACUCAAUAACAUCUCACAAAAUUAA